AUGAGCCCACCCGCCCCGUUGGAGGUUGAUAUGGUGGGGGUCACCGAUACCUCGGCCGUGCCUAUUCCUGAUCCGUUGACUGUCAAUGGCGUCGCGGGCUGGCGCCAGAAGAUGGCUCAGAUGCCCACCGGAAUUGCUGCGGCGUGCAGUAGCGAUAUGUUCAAGAGCCCGGCUUGCUAUACCAAGCCUAAAGCGAAGCGUUUUGACCAUCACUUGUCAAUUGAGGCCAAGUCUCGCAAGGCCUCCACGCUUAAGACUGCCGCUCGUUUCCUGAAGAACCCAGGCAUGAUCUCCCUUGGCGGUGGCCUCCCUUCUCCCGAAUACUUCCCAUUUGAGCACCUAGACGUCAAAGUACCCAACCCUCCUGGAUUCUCUCCCGAGGCCACUCAAAAGUCUGGCUCCACUUUGCGCGCUGGAAAGCAUGAUAUCCAGGAAGGUUCUAGCCUGUACGACCUCGAAAUCGCGCUUAACUAUGGCCAGGCUACUGGCGCAGCCCAGCUUCUCCGCUUUAUCACUGAACACACGGAGAUUAUCCACAAUCCUCCUUACUCCGACUGGCAAUGCACGAUGACUGCUGGCAGCACUUAUGCUUGGGAUACAGCUCUCCGUUUGCUGACCGAGCGAGGUGAUUACAUUAUUAUGGAAGAAUACACCUUCGCGAGCGCCGCGGAGACAGCUUUCCCCUUGGGACUCAAAGCACUCGGUAUCCCCAUUGACGAGGAGGGCCUCAUCCCAGAGGCGAUGGACGAGCUUCUCACCAACUGGGACGAGAAAGCCCGAGGCGCACGCAAGCCCUAUGUGCUGUACACAAUCCCGACGGGCCAGAACCCUACUGGCGCCACUCAAUCUGCGGAACGACGCAAGGCAGUUUACAAGGUUGCACAGAAGCAUGAUAUCUACAUCGUUGAGGAUGAGCCCUAUUAUUUCUUGCAGAUGCAGCCCUAUGUUGGCCAGGGUGCUGCGACACCGCCCCCUCCUGCCAACCACGGAGAGUUCAUUAAGUCCCUUGUGCCGUCUUUCUUGAGUUUGGACGUUGACGGCCGUGUGUGUCGAUUGGAGUCUUUCUCGAAGGUCGUUGCCCCAGGUACCCGUGUUGGAUGGAUUGUUGCGUCUGAGCAGAUGGUCGAACGCUUCAUUCGUAACUUUGAGGUCUCUUCGCAAAACCCCAGUGGUAUCUCGCAGAUAGUCCUUUUCAAGCUCCUCGAUGAACACUGGGGCCACUCUGGAUAUUUGGACUGGCUCAUUAAUUUGCGUAUGCAGUACACUAACCGCCGUGACGCUUUGCUUCACUCUUGCGAGAAGCACCUUCCUACUGAGAUUGCCCACUGGGUGGCUCCUGCGGCAGGCAUGUUCCACUGGAUCGAAAUUGACUGGCACAAGCACCCUGGAGUUGCAGCGGGUAAGAGCCGCGAAGAGAUUGAAGAAGAAAUUUUCCUGGGCGCCGUCGAUCAUCAAGUCCUUUUGUCUCGUGGCAGCUGGUUUAAGGCUGACAGCGAGGCGGUUAUGGACAAGAUGUUCUUCCGUGCCACCUAUGCUGCUGCCUCUUCUGAGAAGAUUGAUGAGGCCAUUGCUCGAUUCGCGGAGUGCCUCCGGGAGCAAUUCAAGCUCUAA